AUGAACGACAUUGGACUAACACCGGAAGCUACCGGGGUUCAAAAGCAAAACAAAGCAGGUGCCAUGGCGUCAGCCUCUGCAAAAGCCUGUGGCAAGCUGCUAACCAAGUACGCGUCCGGCGCGGUUGUCAAUAUUUCACUAGCGGCUGCAGAGGGAUUCCGCGUUCUACCCGGUCUGUAUGGACACAAGGUCCACGAUUACGGCCAAGUUAUGGGCUGGAAAACUGGGACAAUGGCUGGAGCCAAGUCCUUUGCUUCGGGUAUUGGUGAAGGAAUGACGGAUAUCUUUUACCAACCAUAUAAAGGGGCGAGAGAUGAUGGGGCGGAGGGGUUUGCGACGGGGUUUCUGAAGGGCAGUUUUGGGACGGCUCUUUGGGACUCGUUGCCUAUCCCGGGCAAGGCGUGA